AUGAAACUCAAGCCCUAAACAAUCAGGAAUGGACAGGUGAAAACUGAGAGGCCGAGAGGUGGCCUUUAUUCUAAACCUUGGUAUUUCCUCUGGUUCCGCACAGGGACAUGAAAAUAUUUCCACGCUUAGCAGUUUCUUCUCAGACGUCCACUUUUGCCAUAUAAAAAAAUGCCUUUAAACAUUAGAGCCAAGCCCGCGCAGAGCAAGCUGUCUGCUGGCGCAAAGAGUAGCGGGCACACUGAUGGCAGCACAUCCCAUUCACGCUUUUCCAGAUCCCCCAAACAGGGGAAAGGCAAACAGGCUGCGAGCUCUGCGCCAGGCUCCCGCUCGGGGCUCGAACCAGGCUCCGUGUCAGGGGGUUUGCCUGCUCCAGCGCCGAAACUGGCUGGAGGUCAAGGGUCGGUGUCGAGGCCAGGUCCGAAGAUCAAAUCUGGCCAGGCAGCAGCAGACAAGGGAGCGACUCGUGGUUCAGCGACAGCUCCGGGGGGUAAAACCCUGUCUAUGGAGAACAUCCAGUCACUGAGUGCUGCCUAUGCCACUUCAGGCACCAUGUACCCCUGUGAGCGAGACUCCUUGGAACCCUCUGGUGGGUACCCUAAAGGCACCAUGACGCUGGGCAGGAGCACCAGCCGCUCAUCAUACACUAACCGAACAACAGCCAUGGGCAGCACCCCUAACAUCACCUCCUCUGGGCUACAUCACCAGUCAGACCCCUAUGGAGACCAAACCUUGCAUCCUGGAAGGACUUCCAGUCUGCGGCGCCAGUCUGGGAGACACACACAGGCACUGGAUUCGGCUGGACGGGGAGAGGCUCCGUCGUUUGACCUCCAGUCUCAGCUGAGGGAGCUGCAAAGGGAGAAUGAAAACCUGCGGAGAGAGCUGGAUGUAGGGAGGGGCCCUAGCAUGAACAAUGUCAACUUCUGGAGCCCAGAUGUGAAAAGAGACAAGGGGGUGAGGCGGGAGGAGGGAGCGAGGACCUCAGUUCUGAAGGACCAGUACAGGACCAACCAAGAGGAUUUGCAGCAGCUCCCGCUGACAGUUCAGGAGCUUCAGGAGGAGCUGAGGGCUCACAGGGAGAACAGUCGCUUGCAGCAACAGCGUCAGCAGGGCAACUCUGGCUCGUAUCGAGAACUCCACACAGACCAGGACCACAGAGGGGGGCUCAGCCCUGGCCACAGCCCCAGACAAAGCUCCAGCAACCUGCACAGCCCUGGACCGAAGAAUAGCCCGAGAGCCAGCCCUUCCAAUACCUAUAAUCCAAGACAACAGGAAGCUGAUGUCAUCAUUCACAGCCCUGGUUACGGCUGUAACACUGCAGUAGCCGCGCAGAGAAUCAGCCCGGCCAACACCCUUCAGCCUGGGCCGAGGAACAGCCCAAACCACUCCCUCUACGCUCCCAGCCAAGGUCCGGCGGUAGCGCCCGGCUCUAGCUCACUCCGGCCCUGCAGCCCCUGCCAGGUACCUGGGUGUGACGGCUUCUCCUCACCUCCUCCCCUAGAUCCUUCAGAGGAGAAUUUCUUCCGGCUGCAGUCGGAGCACGAGCGGCAGGCCAAGGAGCUGUUCCUGCUGAGGAAGACCAUGGAAGAGAUGGAGAUGAGGAUCGAUUCUCAGAAGCAGACUCUGGGUGCCCGAGAUGAGAGCAUCCAACGGCUGCUGGAGAUGCUUCAGGGCCAAGGUCAAGGUCAAGGUCAUGCUGGAGAUGCUUCAGGGCCAAGGUCAAGGUCAAGGUCAAGGUCAAAGUCAAAGUCAAGGUCAGGGACACUGGGGUCGGGGACAGCUGAAGCGCAGCUGGAGAACAUGCAUGUGAGAGAGGAGCUCCAUCGCAGAAACCAGCUCCAAGCUGAUCCGGCCAAGACCAGAGCUCUGCAGACUGUCAUUGAUAUGAAGGACACCAAGAUCUCUUCACUGGAGAGGAACAUCAGAGACUUAGAGGAUGAGGUCCAGAUGUUAAAGACCAGCGGCCUGCUGCACCCCGACGACAGGCAGGAUGAGCUCAAGCAGGUGGAGGUCUACAAGAGCCAUUCUAAAUUCAUGAAGACUAAGAUCGAGCAGCUGAAGCAGGAGCUGAACAGGAAGGAGGCAGAGAUGCAGGCCCUGCAAACCAAACUAGAAACACUGACCAAUCAGAACUCAGACUGCAAACAACACAUCGAGGUGCUAAAGGAGUCGCUCAGCGCCAAGGAGCAACGGGCCAACACACUUCAGACAGAGGUAGAUGCUCUGCGGGUGCGGCUGGAGGAGAAAGAGCAGUUCCUGACUAAGAAGACCAAGCAGCUGCAGGACCUGACCGAUGAAAAGAGCACACUAACAGGAGAGAUCAGAGACAUGAAGGACAUGCUGGAUGUCAAGGAGAGGAAGGUUAAUGUCCUGCAGAAGAAGAUUGAGAACCUGUUGGAGCAGUUAAAGGAUAAGGACAAACAGCUGGCUGGGUUGAGGGAAAGGGUCCAAGGCCUUCAAACUGACUCCAGCAACACCGACACAGCCCUGGCCACACUAGAGGAAGCCCUCUCAGAAAAGGAGCGAGUGAUAGAGAAUCUACGCGAGCAGAGGGAGCGGGAAGACAGGGCUCGGCUGGAGGAGCUGGAACAGAUGAGGAAGGAGAACCAGCUAUUAAAGGACAAACUUUCAGCCCUGCAGCCCCAGAAACUGUCCCCAAGUCAGCCUGCUAACCCCGUCCCCACCCAGAACCAGAGGCCUGAUGGAGAGGUGCCAGCUAAAGUAGAUGGGCUCCCAGCAGGAAGCCCCAUGACCCAAAACACGGAAGAUGCCCUCCGAAAGUGUCCAGACAUCACAGAUCGUCUGAGGCUACUAGAGCAGGAAGUGGCUCGCAACAAAGAGGAAUCUGGGAAGUCAAAAGCGGAGGUGGAGAGGCUAAUGGCAGCUCUGAGGGAUGCUGAGAUGGACAAAUCGUGCAAGGAGAAGAAAAUCGCCGAUCUUGAGAGGCAAAUCAAGUCUCCUAACAUCCAGAAGCAGACGGUGGCGGGCGAGAUGAGGAAAGAUGCCCUCACUGAUGGACAUCCACACUCAUUAUCGCAGACUCCUCUUUCAGCUUCCCAGGAUGCCAUGCGGGAGACGGCGGAGCGGAUCGCGCAGUUGGAGAGGGCACUGAGGGAGAGUAUGAACACCUCAGCGCAUAGGGAAGCUCUCUGGGCGCAAGAGGAGGCUGCACGUGUUCAGGCCCAGAGACAGUUGGAGGAGCUGAUGAGUGCUUUGGAGAAGACGCGCCAGGAGCUGGACGCCACCAAACUGCAUCUGUCCUCCACUCAGCAGUCGCUGCACGAGAGAGACGGACACCUUAAUUGUCUUCGCCAGGAGAGACGCAAACAGCUGGAGGAGAUUCUGGAGAUGAAGCAGCAGGCUUUGCUGGCAGCCAUCAGUGAGAAGGAUGCUAACAUCGCCCUGCUGGAGUUGUCCUCCUCCAAAAGGAAAAAAGCCCAGGAGGAAGUGAUGGCUCUGAAGAGGGAGAAAGACAGGCUCAUGCACCAGCUCAAACAGCAGACUCAGAGCAGAAUGAAGCUGAUAGCGGAUAACUACGAGGAAGAUCACAUCCACCCCCAACAUCACCCUCACCAUUCUCACCACUUGCAUCCAGUAAACAUGCACCACCGAAGCCUGCCAAGAGGGCCCCCCCACACCAACCACCGACCACCUAUGGACCAGGAUGAUGAAGAGGGAAUAUGGGCAUGAUGACCAUCACCGUGGAAACCCUGCAUCCAUUUGUCCACACUGCUUGUAGACCCAGGUACCAAGGGGUUCAAGAGCGUCAGCUGCAAGCAGGCACACUGAACCGGCCCAUAACUCCCCACCAUCAUGACCACCAGACAUACAUAUAAACGGAUAUACGCAUACUCCAGGACCCAGGUAUUGUGGACAAGCUCAGCGCUCAGCCGGUCAGGAAUUGUUCAUCUUCCCGAUGAGCAUCAUCUUUCCCGACAAAUGCAGUGGCCCACUGAGGGUGGGUGAAUGUCCCUCAGAGGACCGUCAGUCAUCAGUGUGGAGCUUCAAGAUAUUGGCAAGCGGUCCACUGCCUUCAUUUCCCUAGCUGUUUUCAAUAGACUGGGAGCUGGAUUCACUUUACAGCACUGCAGUGCUACAGAGUUCUGGCUCCACAUCAACCGACAAUCACUCCACCACUGUCGACUACUGGUGCGGCUAAGCUGAGCCAGUGGAACCAGCCGUAAACCCAUGCCAAUCCCGGACUGGUUUAUGAUGGCAUGAAUGUGUUUACUUCUGCAGCUAAAUAUCAGACUUUUGUAAAUAUAACAACAUGGACCUCAAAAUCCACAAUCCACAGAGACCUUCUCAAUGUACCGUGCCAAAGGAGACAACCCUGUCUGCUGAAACAAAUUACUGAAAUGGGACUGAAUCAUUCGGACUACCCAGUGAACCGCCCCAGUUACUCAUUUCUUUGACUGUCUCCCACUUCCUGCCGAGAGAUCAACAAGAAAAAGACAAAUUUGGGCUUAAAGAUGCCCUGCAAAAAGUUUGAGCAUCAGCUUACACCUUCUCUAAAAAUCAGGACCCUUAUUAACAGGAAAGGAAACCCGGCUGACCUCGAAUCAGCCAGCUUACUGUAAGAACAGUCUGUUUAUACAUUUCUCCUUGUGUUCUUUUAGCCUGCUGUGCGUUUGUUUAAUGAACCAAUAUCAUGUUCUGUUAGCUUUUCUACAUCCGAAACAGUUUUGAGUGCCACUCUUCUUUUUUUUCUGAAGUUUUAACAGCUGUGUGUGACUUAUUACGCUGACGAGCGAUGUAUUAUUUUGUUGUCUCUUUGUUGAUCCUGUGAAUCUGAGUGGCGAAUCUGUUUAUAAUGAAGUGACUUGCAUCUUAAAGCACUGUGUCAUUACUUUUUUCACUGUACUGGAGGCUGACGAUAAUGUACAGUAUUGUGUUUUGAUUCAACAGUAUAACAGUGUUUCCAUUUUGGCCCUGACCUAACAUGUACAGUUUUUUGUACAGUGUGUGUGUGUGUGUGUGUGCAUGUGUGUGUGGUUUCAUGCUGCUCUCAUGAUUGUGAUGACUGUGAAAGUUUUGGGGGGGUAACGGUAUUCACCCUUGACUGGUUCCACAGUGUUUUGCAGUGGUCAGCUUGUCUCUGUUGUUUGAA